GAAUGAUUAAUUUAACAAAAAUACAAAAAAGGCAAGACAAGAGAGAGAGAGAGAUAAUUUGACUUGGAAGACUCUCAACCACCCUCGUUAUUACACCGAUACAUACAACCAUCACGCCCUCAGAUAUUAUCGCUUUUUUAUGUGAAAAAAAUAAAUAAAAAAUCACAUUUCCCUCACACGCAGAGCACCCUGCUUGCUCUUUUCAACCAGAAAUUCCUAUCUUGUAGAUAUUACCCAUCCCAUUUCGCGAAUUACACUUUUUUUCGUUAACAACUGCAUGAAAUAAUUGAGGAUUUAAUGCUGUUUUACUGGAAUCAGUGAAUGAUACUAUAGUAUAGUAAUUUGAAAAUAUUCAGAUUAGUAACAGUAAAACAGUAAACAUUAGUUUUAGUCAUUGAAGUAGUCGGCCGAAUACCUGUAACGUAAAUUUCCAAUAUCUUCUGCGUUUUGGGGGCUGAAUCAGGAAUUAGGUCUUUGCUCGGCGAGAGAAGUGGGAGGAAGAUGGGGCUGGUAUCGGGAAUGGUGAUGGGGAUGGUGUUUGGGAUCGCGCUGAUGGCGGGCUGGAAAUACAUGAUGGGGCAUCGGAGCAGGAAGCGUGUUGCUAAGGCAGUAGAUAUCAAGCUACUAAGCUCACUGAAUAGGGACGAUAUGAAAAAAUUAUGUGGGGAAAACUGCCCGGAGUGGAUAUCGUUUCCUGUUUUCGAGCAGGUGAAAUGGCUAAAUAAACAGCUAAACAAGAUGUGGCCAUUUGUCGCAGAUGCAGCGGAGGCUGUCAUAAAAGAAUCCGUGGAACCAUUAUUGGAAGAAUAUCGUCCUCCUGGGAUCACUUCUUUGAAAUUCAGCAAAUUUUCCCUUGGAACUGUGGCUCCCAAGAUUGAAGGGAUUCGAGUUCAGAGUCUUAAAGAAGGUCAAAUCACAAUGGAUAUUGACUUACGCUGGGGUGGUGACCCUAGCAUUAUUCUAGCUGCUGAGGCUGCACUUGUUGCUUCAAUUCCUAUUCAGUUGAAGGAUCUUAAAGUUUUUACGGUGGUUCGUGCUAUUUUCCAACUAACUGAUGAAAUUCCUUGCAUAUCUGCAGUAGUUGUAGCUCUUCUUGCAGAGCCAAAACCACGAAUUGAUUAUACUCUUAAGGCUGUGGGUGGAAGUUUAACUGCUAUUCCUGGGCUUUCUGAUAUGAUUGAUGACACUGUUAAUACUAUUGUUACGGAUAUGCUACAAUGGCCACACAGGAUAGUUGUUCCUAUUGGUGGAAUACCUGUGGAUCUAAGUGAUUUGGAGCUCAAGCCAGUGGGACUGCUCAAAGUAACGAUUGUAAAGGCAAAUGAUCUUAAAAACAUGGAAUUGAUUGGAAAAUCUGAUCCCUAUGUGACAGUACACAUUCGUCCUCUGUUUAAAGUUAAAACGAAGGUUGUUAAUAACAACUUGAAUCCUGUUUGGAAUCAGACAUUCAAUUUAAUUGCAGAAGACAAGGAGACACAAUCACUCGUUCUUGAGGUAUUUGAUCAAGACAUGGGGCAAGACAAGCGAUUAGGCAUUGCAAAGAUGCCUUUGAUUGAGUUGGAAGCUGAAGCAUCGCAAGUAAAAGAACUGAGGCUGUACCCAUCGCUUGAUAUGCUCAAAAUUAAGGAUAAGAAGGAUAGAGGAAAUAUAACGGUUGAGGUGUUCUAUCACGAAUUUAACAAGGAAGAGCAAUUGGCCGCCCUGGAAGAAGAGAAGAGGAUCUUAGAAGAGAGGAAGAAACUGAAAGAGGCUGGAGUGAUAGGGAGCACUAUGGAUGCCCUCGACGGUGCAGCCUCACUAGUUGGUUCUGGUAUUACUGGAGGAGCAGGGCUUGUGGGAAGUGGCAUAGGGGCGGGUGCGAGCUUUGUUGGGAGUGGUUUUGGAGCUGUUGGCAGCGGUCUGUCGAAAGCUGGAAAGUUCAUGGGCAGGACCAUCACGGGGUCUACCACAACUAGGAGGAGCGGAGCAUCGACUCCGGUGAACCCUCAAGAAAAUGGAGGUGCAAAUGCAAAGCCAGUUUAACCCCAGAAUCUGUGUUAUUAUGUGUUGAAAUUCCUUUGGGUUUGAUGAGUUGGAAUGUGGAAUCGCCCUCGGUGUCCAUAUGUUUUCUUAGAUUUUGAUUGUGUUUGUGAUGUAAAGUUUCACUGAAUUGGUUAGACAUUAGCAGGGCAAUCUUGUAAGUUUCAAAGUUCUUUAACGCUCUUCUCUAUGUAACGAGAUUUGAGUA